AUGCCUAAGGUUGGUGGGGUUGGAAGUGACAAAAAUGCAGACAAUGAUGUAAAUUGUUGGCAAAAACCUGAAGACAUGAAAUAUACAAGGCCUGUUUCAGUUUGUGACGAUACAGCCUCAGACUUAGCAGGUGAAAUAGUUGCAGGAAUGUCUGCUGCAUCAUUGGUUUUCACAGAAAAUGAAGAAUAUUCUCGAUCAUUAGUUGAUGCAGCAGAGAAAUUAUUUAAUUUAGCGACUCGCCAAGAUCCUUCUCAUAAGCCAGGACUUUAUACUGCAAAUGGUAACUGUGGAGUUCAAGCACAAGAUUUUUAUAACUCGUCAAGUUAUAAGGAUGAAUUGGUUUGGGGAGGCAUCUGGUUGUUCUUUGCCACAGGAAACAGUACUUAUCUUAAAUAUGCUACGGAUAAUUUUUAUUCAGCAGAGGACGAAGAAUUGUUCAAGGAUAAAGGGAUUUUUUAUUGGAAUAACAAACAGACUGCUAACUCGAUUCUGCUUACAAGAAUCAGAUUUUUCAUUGACCCUGGUUAUCCAUAUGAAGAAGCAUUGUCAACAAACCGGACUGAUUUGACAAUGUGUUCAUAUCUUUCUAAUAAACAGUUCAGCAUGACUGAAGGAGGAUUGAUUUUGCAAAAACCAGAUAGUGCGUCACUCCAGUAUGCUGCAACUGCAUCUUUCCUUAGUAAAUUGUAUAGUGACUAUCUUGAACUUCUAAGACGAAAUAGAGGCACUUGCAACACUGCUGAUUUUAGCCUUGAAAUGCUGAGAGGUUUCUCCAUGUCACAGGUUGAUUACAUACUUGGCAAUAACCCAUUGAAGAUGAGCUACAUGGUAGCGUACGGCGAUCAUUACCCGAAUCAAGUUCACCACAGGGCUGCAUCAAUCCCAGUUGGUAAAUGGCACUCCUGUGCAGAAGGGAAUCAGUUUCUGAAAUCAAAAGAGAAAAAUCCAAAUGUGCUUGUCGGAGCCAUGGUAGGAGGACCUGACAAAAAGGAUAUAUUCUUGGAUGAAAGAGACAAGCCCAAGUUUACAGAACCUAGUAUCUCAAGCAAUGCUGGUUUAGUUGCUGCACUUGUUGCACUUCAUAAUUCUCCCAGUGAAUCUUCUGAUAUUUAUGAUAAUUUGGGCAUAGACAAAUUGGGCAUUUUUCAGAAUGUGCAUUUAAUUUGAGAAUUUCUUUAGCAGUACAAGAAAGAAGAUGGGAAACAAAUGACAUUUGAAUCUUGUUUUUGCUCAGUGCUGUACUCAAGUGUGAGAAUUAACUGUUUUUCUAAGCUAAUGUCUUUCAUGAACUUCU